AUGGAGAGCGUGCGCCGCCGAACGGAAGAACGUCCUGCGAACGAGCAACCUCCCGCCAACACUCCAUGUCCCUCUCGAAUUAUAACACUCAAUGUUCGCUUUCCACCCGUCGAUACGCAAAAUACUCAAGUAGUCCAGGCUACUAGAGUAAAUGAAACAACUCAAGGUACAUCAGUCCAAUUUUUGACUCGAAAGUAGUUGAAUCGUCAUGCUAAUUUAUCCUAACUUUUCGAAUAGCCGCGCAAUCUACUUCCGCUCCCACAGAGUCGAGUCACCGAGCUGAAGUUGCGACCGGUCCUACUUCCGCUGCUAAUGUUGAUACAACCGAUGCUGGUACAAAUAACUCUGUUUCUCAAGGCUCGGGAAAGAAACGACUGGUCUGGGGUCACAACCGCGUAAGUCAAAAUGACGUACUUUUCGCUCUCUAAGACAAGUGUCUUUCCCAUCUCUACUCCCCUACCUAACUCACCAGAGUGUGUACGUAGAAUACCUAGAAAAGAAGUGAAUCAUCCGACUUACUUUCCCACACCGUACUCUUAGUUCUCCACAUCCAUCACUUGCAACUUGUGUCUUCAUCUCAUAACAUACAAGUACUAACUUCCGUAUCUAUAGUAUUCGAAGCAUGGCCCAGUCGCCCCCCGUGGCACAGUAUUCCUGAUGGACCAGAACACCCAUCUCGACCAAUCCCGCGCCAAUGUGGGAAAGCCGGAGCCAACCAAGCUCAGAAUUCAGAUCAAGGACACACAAGGAAACCUCGCAAUCCAUAAGCAUCCAAGAAAAAAGGAAGCGAAAUGGGAUGACCCAGCCUGGGUCAGCAAUUUGAACAAAUGGCGAUCCCAGACUUUCCGUCGCACCUUCCGUCUCGAUCCUGCCUUCGUCAAGAACGAAACACGUACAAAGUGGACUAUAGGCGAGUUUGAAUGGUUCAAACGCCUCCUGAAGAAGCGAGCCAAGACUACCCGAACCAAGAUGUCUCUUGCCGAUUUCAAGAAGAUCGCGCGUAAGCACAAUCGUCGUUGGGAGGGUGAGACCAUCAGAGUAGGCGAGGCAUUGCACAGGGGAAAAGGAAAUGUCGUGAAGAAGCCUCAGACAAUCCCGGCGCGUACGGCAACUGCACUUCAAGCGAUGUACAUACGUGAUCCUAAUCUCCUCAACACCGUAUACAGCUAUAUCCCUGGCCACUUCGUUAGGGAUGAGGAUGGAGAGGAUGAAUUGGAUGUCGACGGCGGUGAUGUUGCGCAAGCCAAGAUGACGGAGGGCUCCAAUGGACAAGGCGAUGAUGAAGACUCGAAUAUGGCAGAUGUUGGAGGUGAUAGCGAGACCAGCGACGAAACAUCCGAUAGCGAGAACUACAACGAGGGUGAGACCGACGCGCAUCUCGAGGACUCAUCCGACGAUGAAAAGGAUGGCAUGCGCCCUGCAUCCAACCAGACUGGAGCUGUUCUCAUUCCUACUUGA